AUGAGUUUAUUGGCAAUUUCAGCAAUGUCACCUCCACAUAAACCCAGAACCACCAAAACACUUCCAUUACACUUACUCCUCCAGUUAAACCAUCUUUUACAGAAGUCCAUAUUUAGCAGGAAGUUCUACCAGGAGAUCAACGACAAAGUAUUGAGCAAAACAUCAACUGUUGACCAAAAUUUGUACUUUAUAUGUUACUUUUCCUUGCUUGUUUCAUCAAUACUCAACAACAAGUACCAAAUUCGCGAUUUCUUACGUAGUCAACAUUACAAAUUACUACAAUUAAUUAAAGGCGGAGCUAAUAAAUUAAACAUUGAUACGUCAAAUAUCAAAUUUUUCAAUCAACCCAAACCACAACCAACGCCAGAACCACAACAAAAACCAUCAAAAUUGGCCUAUCAUUUGAAAAAGAUUAAUCUGUAUUUAGCCGAUGUCAGAAUCUUCAAUAGAUUAACUGACUCUAUCAAAUAUAUGCCCUGGUUAAUCGAUGAAUACCAUGCCUGGCGCAACCCUGGCGCAGCUAGUCCCAAAAUUGAUCGAUUCAUCAAUAUGAUCCAAGCAUUAAACUGUAUUGUUUUGGAAUUAUUCGAAAAUGCCGGUUGGUUAACUGAACAUGACUGGGUGGGAACUGGCGAUAACAAUUACUGGUGUAUUGAAACUUAUAUCUGGUGUUGUCGCGUUUGGGGCGCUUAUUUACUUAUCGAAAUUGUCGAAAUGUUGAGAAGAACUCCCGUUAGUAAAUGGAGUAAUAAAAAUUGGCAAAUCUCGUUGUUCAAGAAUGCUGUCCAAUUGCCCUUGGUUUUACAUUGGUGUUUAAGAGAUGGAUGUUUGACUCCAUUUUGGGUGGGUCUUUGCGGUUCCGGUGCCUCUUGGUGGAAUUUUAAAGAUAUGUGGCUGUCAAUUGAUUUAUCAUAG